UGCAAUGUUACAUACUUAGGAGCUUCAUUCCCAGAGAGUUUCCUCAUUCAAUUCUAAAAAAAAAAAAGCUCUAAACCCUAUAAACAAAUUUUCAUAAAAACAAAAAAGAUCAGAAUUCCAAAGCAAGAAAGAAAGUGCAGUCAUCUAUCUUUCACGCUCACCAACGUAGUAGUAACGAUAAUGGAUAAUAUGGAUUCUUCUUCCUCUUCUGCUCAAAACUGGCUUGCCUUCUCUCUUUCCAACCCCCAAACGCAACCCACUCCUCCCAAUCCCUCUCCGCUCUCCUUCUUCCACUCCUUCAACUCCAACUCCACCAGUGCAGUGGUGAGAGGCGAGGAAAAUGGAGGCGGGGUCCUCGCGGGAGGUGGGCCGAAGCUUGAGGAUUUCUUGGGUGGAUCUGUGGGAUCGUCGGCCGGCGGCGUGUGCUUAAUCGCCGGAGAAUCGGCGGCGGCCCCCGCAGCUGUUUCUGAGCCGGAGUUGUAUGAUUCGGAGCUCAAGAGCAUAGCGGCAAGUUUCCUCCGGGGUUUUACGGCCGACCAAAAUGAUACCCAGAAGCAGCAGCAGCAGGCUGUGGCGGCGCCACCGCCUGAUCCGCCGGCCAAGAAGGCGGCGGAGACUUUUGGCCAACGCACAUCUAUUUACAGAGGCGUAACCAGGCAUAGGUGGACAGGGAGGUAUGAAGCGCAUCUGUGGGAUAAUAGUUGCAGGAGGGAAGGGCAGAGUCGAAAGGGAAGGCAAGUUUAUCUGGGUGGAUAUGAUAAAGAAGAGAAAGCUGCUAGGGCUUAUGAUCUUGCAGCGCUUAAGUAUUGGGGACCAACCACCACCACAAACUUUCCGGUAUCAAACUAUAAGAAGGAAUUAGAGGAAAUGAAGCACAUGACAAGGCAGGAGUUUGUUGCCUCACUAAGAAGGAGAAGCAGUGGGUUUUCUAGAGGAGCUUCCAUUUAUAGAGGAGUCACAAGGCAUCAUCAGCAUGGUCGAUGGCAAGCAAGAAUUGGAAGAGUUGCUGGAAACAAAGAUCUAUACCUUGGAACCUUCAGCACCCAAGAAGAAGCUGCGGAGGCCUAUGAUAUAGCCGCGAUAAAAUUCAGAGGUCUAAACGCCGUGACCAAUUUCGACAUUAGCCGCUACGACGUGAAAACCAUUGGCAAUAGUAAUCUCCCGAUCGGCGGGGUGAGUAACAAGCCCAAAACCUCAUCGGAAUCCGACGACCGGGACCAGACCUCGGCUUCCUCGUCGGUCUCAUUUACGCCCCUACCGCCACCGCUACCACCUCCUCCGGCCCCUGCCUUCGCAUUGCCGAUCAAGAAUGACUCCAAUGACUUUUGGUCCAUGUUAGGGUGCCACAACAAUAAUAAUACCAAAAACCCUUGUCCCAGCCCGAGUGUUAAUUUCCCGGGCCCCCCAAGCAGUACAAGUAUACAAGCUCAGGGUACAUAUAUCCAAGCGCAGAGUACACCCCUUUUCGGCAUGGAAAUCCCCUCGAGUUCCCACAUCAACCAAGCCAACAACCACAACUUCACCGCCAUGAAUUUUCACCAGCAGCACAGCAACACCGGCGGCAGCCUAUCCUCGUCGGCGGCUCCUACCGCCGGCGGCGGUUGGGGCAAUAUUCCGUCGUCUCUGAAGAACGAUCUAUCGGCGGCGUUUCAGACCCCAAUUUUCAGCAUGGAAUGAUCUCGAGGGUUUAGUAAUGAUGGGUUUUGGGUUUUAGGAAGUGGGUUGGUCAAAAAGAAGGGUUUUGCAUGGCGAGAAAAGGGAGUCAUCGAAAUCAUUUCACGGCAACAAGAUGGCAGCUGCGUUUGCUACACAAAUUCACUACUAACUUCGCACUUUUUACUGUUCUUCUUUUCUGGGUUUUUGCUUUCUGCUUUGCUUUACUGACAUGAUUAUGUAGGGUAUAUUCGGAGAAAGAAAGCCACUUUGUAAAAUUUUCCACCUUUUUAUUUCUGUUUCAAACAUAUGUAUAAUGGAGCCCUUUUCAGCAUGUUUGGUUCCAAUAAGGCUCAUCUAUACAUCCCUCUUUUCUUGGUGUUCAAUUCGAA